UACAAAAAAUUCUUUUGUUUUCCCUUCUAAUUUGUGAUAAUCUAAUAGUUUAUAUACAUUUCGUACAUAUAAAAUGUAUUUAAAAGGUACAAACUCAACGAUAAGUGACGAUAACGAUAGUCGAUAAUCAGCUGGCGACUCAGCUGAUCGCUCUCGUUGACAGUCACUAAUAUCGCGUCAUAUAUCGUAUCGCGAGUCAUCCUUCAAAGAAAGUACACGACGUAAUAACGAUCCAUCAUAGUUUUCAUUAUAUUUCUUACGAAUCUCACAUCUCACGGUGUGUAAAAAUGCGCUCGUUUUUACAGUCGUGAUCCUUGUUGACGCGUUUCUCUCUCAACGAAAGUACAAAAUUGAUAAAGUCUGAGGAUUCUUCGUAUGGGGUUAUAUCGCGAAAAAUGAUCCGGAGCAGUGUAUCUUAUAGGAUUAUUACGAUAUGCGCGGUGAUACUUGAAAUUUCGGCUACUAGACAUUGGUAUGUCACGGAAAAUGGGAGAAUUCAGCCGCAGCAUGACAGUGUUUUUGAUAUGCGUCGACCCUAUGAUCUUCUGGUAUUUCUGGAACAGGAAAAACGCAGGGAAACUGCCAAUACUAUAUAUAAAAAGAUAUCAAGGAAGGAAGUGUCCAUUCAUAAUCAGUUUGCCAGUUUAGGCAUAGCCGAUACAGAAAAUUCCAAUUCGGAUUGUUUCCUGUGGGACAAAUCAUUGGCUGAUAUCAAUGUACAUGCUAGUAUAGUGAUCGAUUACAGAUUCAGAGGAAUACACCAAAAUGAUUAUAUGUUAUAUAAUGUAGCGGCUAACAGUGAACAAACAAUUCCAGACUGUCAAAACACGUUUCCAUUAGAUUUUAGUAUCUAUACUUUUGAACAUCUUAAAGCGAUGCAAAAUCGAAAGAAUCUUACCCAAUAUGAAGAACUCGAUUUAAUGAAGUAUCUACCAUCGAGUACUGAUCUCAAUGAAUUUGGCCAUCAACUCGCUUAUAGCUUAUCACGUAAUAAGACUUCCUGGAUAUACUUGAAUCUAGUGUCGAUCUAUUGGCGGAUUAAGGGAAACGCUUACAAUGCUUUAGAGUGCAGUCGUAGAGCGAUUGUAUGCGCUCCAAGGCAAUAUCGCGAUAUUCCUCUUGUGACUACUGCCGGCAUUUUACACGCUGCGAAAUAUUCUGGCGAAGCCGCGAUUAUUUUGCACGCGGCUAUAGAUCAUAAUCCGACAGAGAGCUACCAUCAUCUGGCGUUGGGCCAUGUGUAUACGUCUCUCGGUGACUUCGAACGAUCCGCAGCAUGUUAUGAUAAUUGUUUGAAAUUAGCACCUGAAACGACAGAGGCCGAACAGAUGAAAUACGCCAUACUAUGCCAUCGGUUGUUGGAAACGACCUUAUUAUUAUUCGAUCACCGCUUACGGAAUGUACUGUCAGAAAUACACACGUAUCAUGAUUGGAAGGAGGAGUGGUUCAAGCUUUACGAGCAUAUGCUAUGGGAACAAAAUAUUAAAUCCACCACGAGGGAAAUUAAACUCGCCUUUGCACGAGAGCAAAAUCUACAUGUUCUCGCAAUAAAUCCAAUCGAAAAGUCAAUUCAUCAUAUUGAUAAUAACAUUGUACUGUCUUACAUGGAUUUGGGCGAUAGAAAGAAAAUAGCCGAGAACAUGCUACAAAAUGUUCACGGUAGCCUGCAUUUGUUAAAAAAUUUGCAAACUCAAGUAAAAGAACGCAGUAAUCAUAUCACGAAAGACAUGAUCAUGGAAAUAAACAUGGAAUAUGAUCAUAUGUUUGUGUCACCAACAAAAUACCCAAAGUAUCAUAAUGUAGAAAUCAAGAAAGGAAAUGAGGAUUUUGAAGCUGAUUAUUGGCCAAGGAUUUCUGAUUGCGAUGGUUCCAUGUUAAUUUUCGGAGAUGGAAAACAAUAUUUACCUAUUUAUUUGUCGCCUGAAAACAAAGGUUAUGCGAUACGUUUGUUUGUGAAUGAAUUGAUUGAUAUAGAACCAUGGAAAAAGCAUCCAUUACCAUGGCAUCCACCAAUUUGCCAAGCACCUAAAUCAUUUAAUAAAAAAUAUAUUACACGUACCUUGCUAGAUGCAACUGUGCAGCAGCAUUCGUCGGACGCUUCUCUGAAACCAUUUUUACAUAAUUUAGUUCAAACUACAGAAUUUGCAGAAAUUGGUCAAAGGAUUUUGACAGCAACUGAGGCGAAAGUAGCAGCCCCAUGGGUAUUGUCAAUACUUGCAUCUCUUUAUUGGAGAAUAGUAGGGAAACCUCGUUUAGCUUUGGAUUGCCUUCAGUUAGCAUUGGAUGAUGUACCUAAGGAAUUCAGAGAUGUACCUUUUGUUAGUAUAGCUUCGCUACAUCAUAAAGUAGGUUUAAUUGAUGAUGCUAUAAGAAUUACAAAUGAAGCCUUGGAAAUUAACACUGUAGAGCCAAUGACUAAUUUUUUACUUGGUAUAUUAUUGAAUAUAAAAGGAAAUCAUACAGGAGCUAUACAUUACUUAAAACAAGCAUUAAGGGUGGAUUCAAACUUAUAUGAUGGUAGGGCUUUAAUGUUAUUAAAGACAUUGACCUGUCGUGAAAAAUUUAAUGUUGUUACGGGUAAUCAUGCAGGCUGUGAAAAAGGAAUUAAUUUACCUAAACAUUCUAUGAACUUACCUUCUGUAUUACUUACUAAGUACAAUCUGCAAGCAAGUGAUACACUUUUGCGCAAACGACAAGCUAAGAACUGUAAACAUAUUAAAUAUGCUUCAAAAAAGACUGAAGAAAUAGGAAUAUAUUGCUGGAGUAAUCAUAAAAUUGAAUUAGUAGAUACAUUGUACUAUAAUAAGAAAGAAAAUAUACACCAAGUUCUUAUAUCUUCAUUAUUACUUCCCAAUAGUGCAACUAAACUACAUGAAUCACAUAUAAAUAUGAACCAAAUUCCAGAUGAUAACAUGCUACACUCAUAUACCGAUUGGACGUUUGGUAAAAUGUCUGACAAUAAAAAAGAAUCGUAUUACCCGAAUAAGGAUGAAUGUGAUGAACUAAAGUAUGAGGACUGGGCUGCUUCUCUAUUUGUAUUUCAUGAAUUUAUACGACGAAAUAUGACUGCUGAAAAUGAGGUUGAAUCAUUGGUAGAUGAUAUUCCGACUUUACAACCGACAUGCGAUAAAGGUAACUCUGAAAUUAAUCGUGUGAACGAAAUGGUACAAUUUUCACAAUCACUACAAGACAAAACUGAAUUCGAUAUGGCCGAAUGGCUAAUGAUGAUGACUGGAACGCAGAAUGACACUUUGCAAGGACUUGGGACCAAAAUUGCAUUUGCACUGCAAAAGCAUUCUACUUCUUGGACUUUGGCGAUAGCCGCAUCAUUUUAUUGGCGCGCGGCAGGUGACAGUCGCAAAGCACUGGAUUGUAUGUGGCAAAGCCUAGAAAACACUCCGAAAGAUAUGCAAGACAUACUUCUCGUAAAUCUAGCGUCUUUUCUCAAUUCGCAGAAUUAUUUCUACGAAGCCCUCGAAGUCACUCAGAUAGCACUUUCAAUUAGCCCGGACUUUAUAAUAAAUCAUUAUGUUCUCGCUAAUCUUUAUGCCUCUUUAGGUGAUUUUGAGACUGCUGCAAGUUUUUACAAGUCCUCUCUUGAGCUCGAUCCGAAUUUCGAACCAGCUAUUACGAAGUUGCGAGUGAUGUUAUGCUUCUUAUUAUACGAAGAUAAAAGAUCCGAGAUGGAGGAAAUACUGCGAAAUAUUUUGUGAAGCCAUCUCCUGCAAAAAUUAAUUAAUUAUUAUCACAGACGAAUUGUUAAAAGUGCCUUUGUUCAUUGCAAUAUGAAACAUACAAAAGCAAUGUCAUAGAUUUUUAUGUGUACUUUAAUUUUCUAAUUUAAAACUAAAAAUACAAUACUUUUAAGUAAUACA